CGUCGUCAUCAUUGGACGCGUUGCGCGGCCGUAAUAUGCCUACAAAUGGUCUAAAGAGGCCUAUAGAAACCCUACCUGUGUCAGGAAGCGGUUUUAGUGGUCGCAAGAAAAAAAGGACAUCAAACAGUCAUGUCGAAACGGAGAACCUAUUCGGCACUCCUGUCCCAGUUGGACUGUCUGCCGGUUUAUUAUCCCAACUUCUUCAUAGCCGAGCUGGCAGCGCGUCCCCCCCGAACAAGGCCAGCAGUUCCUCCAACCUGACCAGUGGAUUUGCUUUGCGAUAUGACAAUGAAAGCACGAUUCAUGCCAUCGACUAUGGAGGAAGGGAUCAAGCGAUGAG